AUGGACGACUCUGUACUUGAGUUGCCGGCCGCCAUGGACGCCCGCGUCGCCUUGACUCCGACCAGCGCCACAGGAUCCAACCACAGCGGCACCGCUCAACCCUGUCCGAGGAGCGCACCAGCUGCUACCUGCGUAGGCCGUGCUCGCCAGGCUGCGCCCGCAUACCAGCGGCGCGCCUCCUGCGCCCUGCCGACUAGAACUCCAUCGCCGGGAUAUGAACGCCGAACCGGACUUGGAUGUUUUGCUGAACGGCACAGAGCUGUGGCCGCAGCGGACGACGAGCAGCAACGGCGGCCUCGUCCUUGGCCUCGGCGGCUGCGACGGCGCAGCGCAGGCAGAGCGACGUCGUCCAAGGCCCGCUCCCAGGCUCCUCCCGCGGCGCGCCUGAGCCUCGCCCUCGCCGCUCGUCGUCGGGCGGCGCUCGCCGCGGCCCCAGCCCCGCGCGCUCCUUCAGCCGCGCUCCACGGGGUACGCGGCCGCGCUGCUCGUCGCCAAGAGAAACACAAUAACUUCAACUCUGGACUACCUAUGGUUGGUUCUUGCAUCAGGAAUAACUACUAUGUGCCUAAGUGGCAUAAAAAGGACAGCAAAGAGCAUGCUCCAUGCCUUGAGAUACUUGCAUUCCCAUGUAAUCAAUUUGCUGGUCAAGAGCCUGGCAGCAAUGAAUAUGUGAAAGCAAAGUUUCCUAUUUUUGACAAGGACAAGUGGAACUGUGGAACCAAUCAAACAAAUCCUAGACAAAGAUACUCCCAAAGACUUGGAGAAUGGAGCCUCUGGAGCCAAGCAUGUUUACAAAGCUGA